CAUUUUGAAACCGAAAGUACGAAGUGUUAUCGUAAAUACUUAAAUGACACUUUUUUAACCAAAAGCUAUGAUAGAUGGAUAGUUAGACUCGAAAGGAAUAUGGGAACCAGCCAGUCAAGGCAAAAUAAUAUUGAAGGACCUGCUCGUAUGAUAAACUGUUGCUUGAAAAGACACGGAGAACAAAUAAAUGUUAUUAAAACCACUGUGAAAACGCAGCGUGCUCAUAUUAAACUCCUAUGUCUUGAUGUAAAUGAGUUGGCUCGAAUUUAUGAUACUUCAGAUUCUUUAAAACAAAUAAAUGUAACAGAGAUUGAAAGUAUACGAGAGUUUUCGGGUAAAUGGCAGAGACACACACAAGAUCUCCUUUCUAGUGUACAGACUUCCCUUCAACAACAAUGUCAGCUUCUGGAUAGUUCCUUCAAAUUUCUUAACGAACAAGCAGUUGUUAUCUUCAAAAAAUUUGACAUUAACUUAAAUGAAUUUAAACAGAAUGAGGAGCAACGCGGAAUUUCAAAUCGUGCAGAUGACAGCGUUGAGUAUGACGCAGACGAUAACGUUGAACAUAUUGCAGGAGACAGCGUUGAGAAACUGAAGGACAGAAUAGAAAAUCUUGAGGAGCAAAAUAAAAGGCUUCAACAUGACAAUAACGAAAAGUCAAUUAAAUUAAAGGAUUAUGAAAAUGAAAAAGAGUCGUUGGAGAAUAUAAUUAUAGUGUUAAAAACAGAAAAGGCAGAGUUUGAGCGACAAGCGAAAGACAUUAAGGAAAAUCGACCAGUUUCUAUUCAGGUCUAUUACCAAGUGAAGGGUGAAAUGGUGUCUAACAUUAUAGAUGAACUGCGGAAAAUGUUGGUGAAGCAACUAAAUGUGGAAAGACGAAAAUUACAAUUCAUUGUUUGUCAGAACAAAGACGAUGUUAAUCCAGAAUUACCCUUGUUUGUACUUUGUAUAAAUGCGAGCAGACUCGGGGCAGAUGUUAGUUCUAUCCUGCAGGAUUUAAAUGUGUCAUCAAGCGUAUCUGUGCUUAUUUUCCACCACAAAGACAUUCAUGCCCUGCCAAAUCAGUCCAGUGAACUAGUGUUGACGGGACCAGUUUUCAAGGACCUUGGCGGAAUAUUUGAUAUCGCUUUUCUGUCCGAAAUAGGAAUAUAUGAUUGUACAAUGAAUCAAGAAGCUGCAAUAGGCAUCGAGACGUUUUUGACAGAAACUCUGGUGGGCAAGGACGUAAGAUACAGUCAAAUUGAGUAACCACAUUGGUGACCUAGUUUGUCCGUGAAAAUAUUGACUGUACGCUCAAAUUGUAAAUAUGCAGUGUAACAAUAUUUGUACUGUGAAUUCCCUUAAUUUCGUGGGCAUGAAAUUUCAUGGGCUUUGUCAAAAAAAGAAAAUUGUGUUUGUUCUUGAAGGGAUACUAAGGCAAAUUAGUGUCAAAAAUAUUAAAUUCAUUUUAUGUACUCAAAUCACACUAAAAUUACACUUUUUAAAAGUCUCAGCAUGAAUUUCUGCAUAAUUUCUGUAUAUUUUGGGUUUAUAGCGUGAAUUAAUCUUUUUAUAUUGAACGAAAUUUAGACACCGACAGAAUCGUCGAGUGGUUUUAAAACAAGUCAUGUGACUUAAAAAAACCCUGGAAGUUAUAAUAACAGAUACUGUGCAUAUUGUAUGAUUGAAACAAGUGCAACUGACUUUAACGUCUGUGGCAAUUAUUGUGAAGUCUUAACGCUCUAACCUGACCCACGUGGGUCAAGUUAGGAAACCGCCAUUUUGUUCUAUGUAAGGAGAAACGUUUUGUUCCUAUGAUAGUUUGUUGUCUUAAUUUUGAGGACAUUUUACAGAAUAAUGAAUGAAAAAUUCAAAACUAAGAAAUGACAAUUUUGCGUGUGUCUCCCUUUAAAUUCAUGGAUUUUGUGAUAUAUUUUUUUCAAAUUUAAUAAGUGAAAUUCAUAUAACGUUUUUCAAAAAUAAUCUAAUAGCAGAUGUAAGAAAAUUUCUUGGAUCUUAAAUUAGUGGAUGAACAUAUCCACAUUUACCACGAAAUUAAUUCCCCAACGAAUUAGUAUACAUGAUUUAUUAUUAUUCAGUUACUACAGGUAACGGAAUUGUAAACGACAUAUUACAUGUAUAGUCAAAAUUGGUUCGAAUAGGUUGCACAUGUUACAGCUUCUAGUCAUUUCAUUGUUAGAUAUAUAUAUAGUUGCAUGCCUCCAGAAGAGCCAAAAUGUUUCAAAUACUCAAACUUAAGUAACAUGUACUAAGAGUUUAAAAAAUAAAAAAAGAUUCAAGUAAUAAUUUAUAUGUUAUGUGCGAUUAAUGACUGAUUUGCAGUAUUUAUCGCCAUAUCUCUACUGCGUGACGAAAGCAGUAAGGGCUAUUUUUUUUUAUUUUGACCUCAUUUAGGUAAUUUGCGCGGAUUGUAAGUGCCGUUUGCAGUGUGUAAAUUACUUACAUUGUUCUCUGUCACAUUAUUUUACUUUUACAUACAUAUUCAAAAUUUUAAUUAAAAUUUAACGCGAAUCUGUAGACAUGCUGCUUUAAAUAUUCCAUGAAAAUAGUCAUGAAUCUGUUGGCAUCUUGCUUUAAAUAUCAAAUAAAAUAGACGAUGUUUUGUCUUUGUAUCUUUCUCUAUCUGAUACAUGUAACUAUAUCUUUAAUUUGAUUAAGGUUGUUUUAUUGUAGAGAACUUUUAGUAUGUUGUACAUGCGUUGUAUAUAUGAAAAAGUGCUUAUUCAGACGAGAUUAUAUAAUUCUAUUAAUAAAACAUGUAUUACUCCGCUAUGAGCCCUACUGAAGGUGAAUUUAAUCACUAACACAAUGUUUAUGGAAUACCACAAUGUAUAAAACAUGCACAGGUUAUCCUGACGUUUAGCAAAUACAUGUAUAUAUUAAAAACAGUAUCAAUUACUUCCAGUGGAAAGCCACACUGUUAUCUCCUGGAAAUCCAAAUUCUUACGGUCCAUAUUUUUUAUUAUCUUCCGAAAUUUCUAAAAAUGGUAUCGUUUUACAAUGGCCAAUAAAAUUUAAACAUCUUUGUCUCUUUAAUAACAAAAUGAUCAUGAGGUUUGGUAACAUAUCAACAUGGAAUUAAUAAUGUUACUUUGGAUAUUUUAUCAGACAUAAAAGUUCAACAACCUAAUAGUACAGAUAGCUUUAUUGACAGUAAUACCUAAAUAUAAUAAAAUAUUUAGCAAAAUAGAUUGGACAACGAGGAACAGUCACAUACAUGUAAUCUUCCAGUUACAUAAUUAUUGAUUUGACACCUAGCCUGUUUAUUAAGAAACAGAAAAUCAUUUCUUUAUAAUAUACCCCCCAAAAAAUUACAUUUUAUGUAGAAAGUUUUUAAACUAUUUUUUUUGUAGAUAGCCUACAAAGCAGAAACUCGAAACACUUAUGCCAAGCACAAAUAUGAAAACAAUUAUAAUCUGGCAAGUUUCCAGCCUUUUUACUAUUGAUGUACAUUUAUUUUACUUAUGCGUACUGGUGAAAGGGAGAUAACCACCACAAUAAAUGCGUACUAGUACAUACACGAUUAUGUCAUCUUGGCAAUAGUAAAUUAUUUCCGUUAAAUGGGUAGAUGUUGCAAUUAUAACAAAUAUCUUCCUAUUUUGAUUUACAGGAACAAUUUAUAAGUGUUUUCAUGUAAUAUUUUGUCACCUUAAACUUUUAAGUAGCAUAAUUUACAAAUUCUGUUCGAUAGGUCAUUACCUCGUCAUACUUGUCAACAAAACUUCACAGCUAACUACUGUUAUUUAUAACACUUUAAACCACGUUAUAUUUUAACUGUAUGCCUAUAAAUUGUAUGUGUACAUUUUUAUGUUGAAUUCAGUAUAUUUUAUGUUUAUAUACUAUUAAAACUAUUAAAACAUUACAUAUUUGCAGCUUUAACAUAUGUGAUGUUUCACACAUUCUUUUGAAAAUAUGGUCCCUUUUAGAUAAAAUCAUUUAUUAGUGUCUGUGUUUCAAAUUAAAUGGCAUGCAUAUUUUUUUUUUAAGCUGUUGUUUUUUUUAUGUAAUUUUUUUUUUUGGCUGCAAAACACAUAACAAUAACCUUUUUGUUUUGUUGUUUAUAAAAAAACACAUUUACAGUUUAACGUAUGGUUUAUGAUAUGUUAACUGAACCGACUUUUCCAGAUUGAUUGUUAUACAUGUGUUUCACAACAGCAGGUGUUAAGUUCCAUGUGGCAUAUUUCACUUCAGUGUUUCGAUUUUGUUCUGGUCCUUAAUUCUUGAUAAAUGAUUCCAGCACGUUAGUUUUGAAGAUUAUAUACUGCUUAAGCCGGUCCUAUCGGGCGUAAGGGGUGUUGCACGUUUACAUUAUCCCUCAUGUACAGACUCAAUCAAACUAAGUCUGCAUUCAACAUAUGAGCCGCGUUACGACAAAACCAACAUUGUGCGUUUG